UUAACUGAUCAGUAUUUUGACCGACUGGCCCAAAUCAUGAGUAGACCUGACCUACCAGCAAGAAUAAGGUUUAUGAUGCAGGAUGUACAAGAACUAAGAGACCAUAAGUGGAUUCCUCGUAAACAUAUCCGUGAUGUAGGACCGAAGACAAUCUACCAGAUACGACAGGAGGUUUGGCAGGAUUUUCCAGGCCACCCUGGUUCCCAGAUGCCACCAAAUUCACAAAUGCCCAGAAACUCUCCUCCACACCCCUCUGGKAACUGGCAAGGUAGACCUAACUAUGGUAGCAAAGGGCCAUUGUCAUCACAGUCUGGGCGUGGUCUUAAUGACGUGUUUAUCAGCGAAAAUGAAGGCAAAGGACACAUGUUUGAUCAUGACUUUGGCAAUGGUGCCAUUCCAGAUCACCAGGGUCCUAAUUAUGGGUCAAGAUACCAUGAAGAUGACUAUGACAGCUUUACUACAAAAGAUCCUUGGGCUAAUCUAACAAUCAGCCAUAGUCCACAAAGRGGCAUGUCACCUUCAGGCUCUCCCACAUCUACUCGUCAUCAGCAGUAUGGAUCAAGAAGACCUCCACCUCGCCCAAGUCCUUUGAAUACUGAUGGAGAGAUAAGUCUACGACCAGCCAGGGAUUCAAUGGCUGCAAAGACACUGGGAAUGACCACAAGAGCACAGAAUCAAGCCAAACUGGUAAUAUACUACAUACAUGAAGACAUUUUGAUUGAAUAUUUGUUGAAAAAGGAAGACUCUGACGCCAUCAAGUCUUUGAAAAACAUGAAAGCAGAAAAAUAUUUGAAAGAUCUGUUUUUGAAAGUGAUAUUUGCCGGUGUAAACAGAAAUGAUGAAGAGAGACUUCUAAUCGCACAAUUAAUCCAGGCCAUGUACAAAGAGGGCUUGAUCACUAAAGACAUUAUCAUGCAGGGAAUGAGAAAUGUCCUUGAGGAGAGUUUGAAUGACAAAGAUGGACAAAAUACUAAAGAAUACAUUGCAGGACUAUCAGCGAGAACAGUCAUCCAAGGGCUAGUCAGCCUUAGCGAAGUUGGUAAAAUGCUGGAGGGUGAAAAAUACCUGAAUACUCUACUGAUGGUACUUAAAAAAUUGGAACACAUGAAUGGGCAGGAAUGGCUUAUCGGUUCAUUCAACGAAAGCAAGAUCAAUCUUUUGAACUGCUUGCCAGAAAAAGACAGAUGCAAUGAAACAAUGGUAGAAAUACUUGAAGAACAGAGAAUUAUUUGUUCGCAGAGCCUUGCGUUCCUAUUCCCUCUGUUGAGGAUACAAGCUGAGCUUUACAAGAAAAUAGAAGAUGAUCCGAAUUCAUCAAACAUCUACAAAUGGAUCAAGGAGAACAUUGAUUCCACACUCCAGAGUCAGCCGGAGUUUGUCAAUGUUUUGACCACGUGUGCAUUAAAAUAUGCCACCCAUGACAGUACGCUGGCAAAAGGAGUGGACACUACACAAGCACCUGACAAAGACUUAAUAGAGAAGGAGAAAUAUGCCAUGAGAAAGAUGAAGGAAGACAUUUUGAUUGAAUAUUUGUUGAAAAAGGAAGACUCUGACGCCAUCAAGUCUUUGAAAAACAUGAAAGCAGAAAAAUAUUUGAAAGAUCUGUUUUUGAAAGUGAUAUUUGCCGGGGUAAACAGAAAUGAUGAAGAGAGACUUCUAAUCGCACAAUUAAUCCAGGCCAUGUACAAAGAGGGCUUGAUCACUAAAGACAUUAUCAUGCAGGGAAUGAGAAAUGUCCUUGAGGAGAGUUUGAAUGACAAAGAUGGACAAAAUACUAAAGAAUACAUUGCAGGACUAUCAGCGAGAACAGUCAUCCAAGGGCUAGUCAGCCUUAGCGAAGUUGGUAAAAUGCUGGAGGGUGAAAAAUACCUGAAUACUCUACUGAUGGUACUUAAAAAAUUGGAACACAUGAAUGGGCAGGAAUGGCUUAUCGGUUCAUUCAACGAAAGCAAGAUCAAUCUUUUGAACUGCUUGCCAGAAAAAGACAGAUGCAAUGAAACAAUGGUAGAAAUACUUGAAGAACAGAGCCUUGCGUUCCUAUUCCCUCUGUUGAGGAUACAAGCUGAGCUUUACAAGAAAAUAGAAGAUGAUCCGAAUUCAUCAAACAUCUACAAAUGGAUCAAGGAGAACAUUGAUUCCACACUCCAGAGUCAGCCGGAGUUUGUCAAUGUUUUGACCACGUGUGCAUUAAAAUAUGCCACCCAUGACAGUACGCUGGCAAAAGGAGUGGACACUACACAAGCACCUGACAAAGACUUAAUAGAGAAGGAGAAAUAUGCCAUGAGAAAGAUGAAGCCACUUCUUGAUAGRUUUCUCCAUGAAAAGACAAGUCUUCAGGUUAGGGCGCUGUAUUCCCUGCAAGUGUUCUGCUACACCAACUCAUUUCCAAAAGGUCUCCUAUUGCGCAUGUUCAUGCUUCUUUACGAUCUGGAGAUUGUUGAGGAAGAGGCGUAUGUCAAGUGGAAGGAAGAUGUCAAUGAAGACUAUCCAGGGAAAGGAAAGGCUCUGUUUCAAGUCAAUACAUGGCUGACAUGGCUCGAAACAGCCGACGAAGAAGGCUCUGAAUCCGAACCAGAGUAACGCACACCAGUAUUGCGUGACACGCGUCACAUGAUCUUGAAGGAAAUUAACAAAACCAUCACCAAGAGAAUAAUUCUGCAAGAAUAAUAGCAAGCAAACACGUGGUCUAAUGGAUCAUUAAUUGCAUUUUGAAUCSCGUCAAAGCCUUCCAAUAUUGUGAAUGAAUACGCUCCAUAAGCUUGACUAGACCUUUUGCUAUCUGAUGAAUAGUUCCGUUUAUGKCCUAUGUGUACAUGGGGGCUCUUCCAUGGGAUCGGUUGUUAUUUAUGACCUGGUUUAAGAGCAUAAAGGCCGAAUUAGACGACACAAAUGUUGCCUACAACCAUCGCAUGCAACCUACUUAAGUCAUGCUUACAACAUGGCUACUUCUGUUGUAAGAAUUUGAAUCAAUUAAUGGCACCACAACAGUUGCAGCCAUAUUGUAAGGAUGACUAAAGCAAGUCGCUUGCGAUGGUUGUCGGCAAAAAUUGUUUCAACUAAUUUGGCCUUAAGAUGGGGUGUUGAGUAACCUGAGUUUCAUCCAGCGUUUACUCGUAAACCCCUACACCGGAUGUACGCAGGCUAGGGGUUGGGUUGCGCGACGCACUUCCCAGGCUAUAAAUAAUGACKAUUCCCCAUUCUCAUACCCAGGCCCUUUUUAGGCUAGCCUUCGAGUCUACUUUGGAGAACUGAGGAGGACUUGGGUACUAGAAUGACUGGUUCCUAACUGACAUGUAUAAUUCCCCAACGAAUAUUGUAAUUCUUGAACAUCUUUAUCUUCUCAAUAGUCCCCUUGCAAUUGCCCUAUGCGGUAAUCACGUCACGCCAAAGCAUUACAUUGUUUCGACCUAAGGAUUAUGGUCUCCAGAGGGGAACAGAAUUACUCCCUAUCAAAGAAAGUGUACAUGAGCAAUCAUGUAUACAUGGUAUAGAUAUCAAAACUAGAUAAGUUAAGAGAGAAUAUUAAUAAGUCCAAAUUUCCUCUGUUUYUGAGCAUUUUUCCCAUUGUAAACUUGCUGUGACGUCAUUAUGCSACAGGGCAAUAGUUUCCUUGGUGAUUUCCUGCUUCAUCUAGAAAGGUACUCGGUGUCUUUACAUCGAAGGGAGACGAGCUUUGAGCGUGCAAUGAUAAAURCAUGUACCUGUUAAUGAUGGUCUCGGUGUAGGCGUGACUAGAAGGUUUGUAUUAUUGUACGCUUAACGGUCUGCAUCUAACUUCGAUGCAAAACUCCGCAAAAUGGAGCCGGGAAUCCUCGAGGAGAGUAAGAGUGCAUUUUCAUCUGGGGUACAAAACAAUAGAUUCAAUUUGCGCUCGUAAAAUAUGCUGAGAAAAUUAUGAUCCUGUCACCUGAGUUCUCUAGCUAUUCUUUAGAAAUACAAGUAGUUWCGUUGUGCCAUGUAUAACAGAUUUUAUUWGAUUCCCAAGAGGGAAAGGCGUUUGUUUUGACCCCCAGRUGAAGGGAAAAUUAAUUUCCUUUGACCGUGAAAGAUCAAUACAUCUACUCGGAAUUUAUUGUUUUAUGUUAUUAUUUGUCAACAAGUAGGAUGGUACAAUACAGUCAUUUUCUUUCACWGUCAGAAAAAAAWUCACUCYGCUUCUCAGGCAAGGGGUCUGUAUCAGAUCAAUAUCAUUUUACCUAGAGCUAGCCUUUGUUACUGCCCGCCUGUGAUAACAGGAACUUCCAUAUUACAAAUAAAACGUCCAGGAUCUGUAGAA